AUGGGAAUCAGCUGUGCCCAACCUGUGUGCUGUGAAGCCACCAUCUGUGAGCCCUCCUGUGCUGUGAGCAACUGUGCCCAACCUGUGUGCUGUGAAGCCACCAUCUGUGAGCCUUCUUGCUCAGUGAGCAGUUGCUGCCAACCUGUGUGCUGUGAGGCCCCUUCCUGCCAGCCAGUUCUCUGUGUACCCACUGCCUGCCAGUCCAUCACGUGCAAACCCAGCUGCUGCCAGUCGGUCAUCUGUGAGCCCAGCUGCUGUUCUGCUGUCUGCACUGUGCCUACUUCCUGUCAACCAGUGGUCUGUGAGCCCACUUGCGGUCAGCCAGUCUGCCCCACACCUAGCUGCUGUCCAUCUGUCUGCUCUGUGGCUAAUAGCUGCCAGGCUGUCUGCUGUGACCCCAGUCCUUGUGAGCCAUCUUCCUCAGAGUCCAGCAACUGCCAGCCAGCUUCCUGUGUGGCUCUGGUCUGUGAGCCUGUCUGUCUUCGCCCUGUUUGCUGUAUUUCAAGCCCCUGUGAGCCACCUUGUGUCUCCAGCACUUGCCAAGAGCCGUCUUGUUGCAUCUCCAGCAUCUGCCAACCCAUCUGCUCUGAGCCCAGUCCCUGUUCAGCAAGUAUCUGUGUGCCUAGUCCAUGUCAGCCUACCUGCUAUGUAGUCAAGCGCUGCCGGUCCAGCUGCCGUGAGCCUGUUUCCUGCCCACCUACCUCGUGCCAACCACUCUGCGGUCGCCCGGGGUCUUCUGCAUCUGCCAUCUGCCAACCAACCUGCUCUCGGACUUUCUAUAUACCCAGCUCCCGCAAACAGCCCUGCACCCCUUCGGUUUCUUACCGCCCAAUCUGUCGUCCAAUCUUCUCUGGACCCAUCACUUACAGGCAGCCGUAUGUGACAUCCAUGUCUUACCGCCCUGCCUGCUAUCGCCCAUGCUACUCCAUCCUGCGCCGCCCAGCCUGUGUCACUUCCCUCUCUUACUGUCCGAUCUGCUCCCGUCUGCCUUGCGUUGACCCCUGUAGACGGGAUUGCAAAAAAUCUACUUCUAGCCAACCGGAUUGCACUGACUCAACAUCCUGCAAGGCCGAGGUCUCAAAUGCCAGUCCCUGCCAGACCAGUGAGGCCAAACCCACCAGCCCAACCACCCGUGAGGCCACAGCCAGCCCACCGACUGCCACCAAGCCUGCUGACCACUGAUCUGGCCUCAGCCCACUGAUUCCUGCAAAGCAAACCUCCUGCUAGAGGGAAUUCUCAACUACCUUCCCCAAAGCUCACAAUGACUUAGUUAGAAUCUUUCAGCACCAUCACUCACUAUCUUCUUACACUUCAAAGAACUCACCAGAAAUGUCAGGCUCCUAAUGGUCCAAAUGAAGGUGCCCUGGGCACCUAGAUGGGUGUCAUUCUGGGUUCCUGCCUGCUGCCGCCAUUAAUCUGAGAAGAGCUCCUUCACCACAUAAUCUUGGGUCUCUUUCCCAGCAUUAAGUUUUUUCUGUCCUCGUGCAUGUGCUCCCUUACUGGGUGUGCUCACAUUCCUUGGGGACUUCUUCCAUGAGAAAAAGAUA